AUGGUUAACUCUCACCAAGCGUAUUUCUGUGCUCUUCUGUGCAUCGUUGCACUAGCAGCGGUACUUAUCAGGCCGACGCAGGGCUGCGAUCUGGACCAAACACAACACGGAUGCCGGAUAGAUAAUGGCCAAUGCACUUGUGCGUUCGGCUGCAAGUCGGAGUUUCGCUACGCGACAAAGAAGGAGUGCCAGGAUGCGCUAAAGGGUCGCACCAACGACAUCUGCAGCCGGCAGCCGUGCAUGAACGGUGGAUCGUGUACCCAGGUCACAGCCAUGCCACAGUACAAAUGCCGAUGUGAGGGUACCGGCUACUGGGGUAACCGUUGCCAACGAUUGUGCCCUAAGCCCGAACAGGCCGGUCAGGACGUAAAGUUCCCCCACGAGUGCGUAGUGAUCUAAUCCUUUGCCGAAACGAACGGAAUUGCUACAACGUAGUAUCAACCUAUAAAAAGCAAUACGUAGACCUAAACCAUAGAGCAUUGGAUUAACAAUCUCCGCCACGAGACCGACCAACGAUUUAUGCGUCCUCAGAACCCAAUAAAGAAAAGAAAAUAAGACCAUACCGCAACACAGUGGAAGACGCAUGAUAAGGACUUCUCUCACGACCAGCAAACGGUUGGUUUAUCUUUCCUCCGGUCCAGACGAGCGUCUGCUCUGUAUCACGCAACAUUGGAAACAGGAAACGGACAUCACAUUCACUAAGCGCACUGUUAUCCUACAACAUGCCAUACACGUAGUCCAAGUCCAAGGAAACAGUUAUUUUUAGUAUUUCCUCGAUUGUUAUAUAAACGCACCGGACGGUGAGCAAAGUACCGGGAUUAUGUUAAUCUCGGUAACAAUCACUCCUCGCAAAUUUAGACCAAAACUGAACCAAUUCUUGUGGCG